CCACUGUUGCUAAGCAACGCGUCCAAAAUGGAUUCCACAAGAAGCGGCCACCGGCAAACAUAAUAAUAUUGGUUUUCGAAUGGAAAAAUGGCUGAGUUUAUUUCGAAGCGAGGCCAAGCUAUCGCAAAUGGAACUUCAUAUAAAAACGCAGAUACUCUAGAGAGUCAACACACAACUCAUCGUGACAUAUUAAGUGAGUAAUUGGCGCCCAUAAUGUCCUAAUUAUGUAUUCAUUGUGUGAUUUUGACGUAGACAAAGCUACUCUUGGUAUGCAUUUAGUAGAGCUAUUGUUUAAUUGUGAAGAUGUUUAUAUAUAUACUUCCUCAAGCAUUCUAUGUGAUCUUUAUGAUGAUGCAUUAAGAAUAAAAUAAUUUAAAUUUUUAGCUUAGAUUUUUUGAACUUCGAAAUGUAUAAAUUUAUCAAUAAAUUCCCUUCAUAUUAAAAUUCUAAAUGUCACAGAAUAUUAUUGCAGUUUUGUAUGAACCUGUUGAUUAUUAAAAAUUCAUACUUAUAAAUUGAACAAUAAAUAUAAUUCGUAAAACUAAACAGCACAGUGUCAGUUUACACAGAUGAAACUUGAAACUUUUGUGUUUGCAGAGAAAUGAUGCUACAUGCAAUCAAAAUCGGUUACCACGGCAACUAAUUUAGCUUGUUUUCUUCAUGAAUACAGAAUUUGGGAAUAAAGUUUAUGAGAGAAAGUGUGCUGAGUUGGAGAAAUUGAGAGAAGAAUCACUGGCUGAACUUGAAGUACGACUUUGGCAGAUUGCAAAUGAAGAACGAGACCAAGCUGUAAAGGAAACAUUUCAACAAGGUCAACAAGAAUUAAAACUGAGUCAGGAAAGUGCUAAGAAAGAAAAGGUGAUCAUUUUAUUGUAAAUAUUGCACAAUAUUAGUCAUGAAACUCAUCACCACAUGAUACCAAUACAAUCAUGCAUUAUUACCACCACCCUCAUCAUCACCACCACCAUCUUUAACAUCACCAAUAACUACAAUUGUCACCACCAUCAUCACCACCACUGCUAUCAUCUCCACCUUCAUCUCUGUGGCUUUACAAUUAUCAUCACCAUUACCACCAUAUAUAUAUAUAAUAAUCACAACCAUCAUCAUCACCACCAUCAUCAUCACCGUCAUUAUCACCACUAUCAUCAUUGCCAAUAGCACUAUCAUCUCCAGAACAUCUCCAUCACCACCAUUCAUCACAACCAUUCAUCACAACCAUUCAUCACAACCAUUCAUCACAAUUACCACCUUCAUUACCACAAUCAUCACCACCACUAUCAUCAUUAUCAUCAUCAUCACCACCAGCAUCAUUACAACCAUCCUCAUCACAACCACCAUUACUUUCUGCACGCACAUGUUUUAAUACAUGGCUACCUUGACUCAUCAGGAAAAAGCAGUAAAAGCAGAAUGCAGGAGGGUGGAAGCCUACAUGAAGAAACAGGCCCAACAGCACCUCGAAGAGGCCAACCAAGCUUAUCGAGUUCAACUGAAAGACGCUCUCCAUGAUGCCAGAAUAGAAUUUGAAGUGGAAAAAAUGUUGGCAAUUCGUGAAGCAAGAGAGGAAGAAAUCGGCAGUGCUGUGGAGGAGGCAGCAAGAACAGCAGAUGUGGAGGAGACGAAACGAAAGAAGAUUAUCUUGGAAGCUGAGAAAGAAAAAGCUGUAAGUUGGAUAUCAUUUCUAUUCAUAUCCCAGCCUAUGUUUCUGUAUAUAUUUUUGUAGCUCUGAGACAGGUAAUCCUCAUUUGUUAAUCUCAUAGGUAACAGCUAAUAAUUGCUAAACUUAUUAUGUACAGUGGGAUCUUUUUUGACGAAUUUAAUGAACACUUCAAAAUCCGAUUUUGAGAAUUUUCUGUCUCAAUGAAGCUGUCUGUCUUAAAAACAUACCCAUCUAAUCUUAGGGAAGUAGUCGUCUUGAAGAACACGUUUUAAAUUAGGCCUAAUAUAUACAUUUUCUUUUGUGUUAAUUAAACCAUUGAGCGACAAUAGUCUCGACUAAUGAAGGUUCCGCUAGCCAAGAAAGCUGGCACUGAGGCAAUGGGAGAGAUGAGAAUAGGCGUAACUCUACCCACAUCACAUCAGCUCAAUAUUCAAUAAUUAAUAUGAAAAACAAGCGGUUAACACAACGUUAACUUUUUUCUGUUCAAACAUUUACCAGGAAGCUUUGAAAAAACUGAAAUUGAAAAUGGAAGAAGAAGCAAGAAUCGAUAUCGCUGAGACUGAGAAAAGAUGUCAUCUGAUGUCUUUGGAAGAGUUGCGGAAAUGCGAGGAAACGCAUUUGGCUGAAAUGGACAAACUUCGUAAAAAAAUUACACACCAAGAUUCCGAAUAUGAAGACAUAAAACAUCAACUUUCACAGAAAGAAAAAAUUCGUAGGAAAACUGAGACAAAAUUACGCGAAGUUGUUGAAGAGUUCCAGAAUUUUAUUGAUCUAACAAAAGGAUUUACCAAGGGUCAAUCUGAAUUCCUGUUACCUGACGUCAACUUAUUGCAGGACAUGUUGAAGGGAGCUGUUUUAUCUUGUCAGAAAUAAAAGGAACUGUGAAUUUUUAUUGUAAAUAUAACACAAACAGAGUUAUGAACUUUGUUUACUACAAAUUUGUUAACGGUGAUAUUUAUAUAUUUGUUGUAAAAAGUAACUAACAUGUUUUUAAAACAUAUACAGCAUUGACCAUUGUACUAAAAUUUCUUGUGGAGUUUAAUUAUCGGGCGUAGUUUUAGACUGGUUUACCAUGUUAAGCAUUGCCAUGCAGCAGUCAAGUCUAUAGAGUCAAUAAGGCUAUCGAUAUCAAAUCCGGAUGCAAGAAACAGUUGCACCUGAUAUAAAUCAGCAGGAAAAUUAAAAAGUUCAAAGAUUCUAGAUUUUUCGCAACGUAUGGGGUCGAUAAAACGAUUUUCGUUAAUA